AUGACGUCCGCAUCAUUAUUCAGAAAACUCCAAGACAUUGAACUUGAACUUGGAAGACUUGAAAAGCAUGAAAGUCAAGAGAAGAAAUCCAAAGGAAUUUCUUUGAAGGUAGAUUCGAAGGAAGAUAAAGAUGAUGGCGCACCGGAGGAAGAUGAAAAUUUCAUGCUCCUUGUUAAAAAGGCUUGGAAAAGGGAGGCUUCCACAUCUAUGCAAGAUGUCACAUGCUAUGAAUGUGGAAAGCAACAAGGUCAUAUAAAGUCGGAUUGUCCGAAACUCUCCAAGAAAGGUGGCUUUAAAGGCAAGAAGGAAUUCAAGAAUACAAAGGCGUAUGUUGCAUGGGAAGAUAAUGAGAUAAGUUCUUCAUCCGGAUCGGAAAGUGACGACUAUGCAAAUUUAGCAUUAAUGGCUUCACACUAUUUCGACGAUGAAGAAUAUAAGGUUAGCAGCAAUAUAUCUAUUUACGAUAGUGAUGCACAAGGUGCUAUAAAUAAACUUCUUAAAGAAUGCAAAAUUCUGUAUAAAACAAUAUCAUCUCAAAAGAAAAUAAUUUCAUCUCUAGAAGAAAAAGUCGUGACAAGUGAAAAAGAUGUAUGCUUGAAAACCACAUCAAAUCUUUGGUAUCUUGGUAGUGGUUGCUCCAAGCAUAUGACGGGAGAUAUUAACAAAUUUUCAAAUCUAGCAUUAAAGGUCAAGGGUUAUGUCACUUAUGGUGAUAACAACAAAGGGAGAAUCUUGGUAAAAUGUCUUGUGGUGAACAAUAAUAAGUCAUGGCUUUGGCAUAAAAGAUUCGCUCAUAUUCAUAUGGAACGUUUGAAUAAACUAAUAAAGCAUGAUCUUGUUAUUGGAUUGCCUAAGAUAAAAUACACUUGGACAUUCUUCUUAGUGAAGAAAAGUGAUGCAUUCAAGGUGUUCAAUAAAUAUGCAAAGCAAAUUCAAAAUGAGAAAUCUCUAACUAUUUCCUCCAUAAGAAGCGACCAUGGUGGAGAAUUCCAAAAUGCCUCCUUCGAAGAGUUUUGCGAAGAACAUGGAAUAUUUCAUAAUUUCUCGGCACCAAGGACUCCUCAACAAAAUGGAGUGGUAGAGAGAAAGAAUAUGUCAUUUGUGGAAUUUUCAAGAACAAUGCUAAGCGACUCAAAUCUUCCAAAACCAAUCUUGAAAAAGACCCCUUAUGAACUCUUCAAAGGGAGAAAACCAAACGUCUCUCACUUUCAUAUAUUUGGAUGCAAAUGUUUUACCCUUAACAAUGACAAAGACAAUCUAGGUAAGUUCGACGAGAAGUCUGACGAAGAUGUUCCUCAAGAAGAUAGUUUCAAAGGCAUCAAUGAUAAUCAAAUGGAACAUCAUGAAGAACCAAUUAAACAACAGUCAAAUGCUAAUGAUCUACCUAAAGAAUGGAGAACUCAUAGAGAUCAUCCAAUUGAUAAAGUCAUUGGUGAUAUUAGUCAAGGUGUUGCAACAAGAUUAAAUCUCAAAGAUGCAUGCUUGAAUAUUGCGUUUGUUUCACAAAUUGAACCUUCCAAAGUUGACGAAGCCUUAGGAUAUGACCAAUGGAUAGUCGUUAUUUAA